AUGAAGAAGAUGCGUGAACGAGUCGAGACUGGGACUGGUCGCUUAGCGGGAGCGGUGGAUUCGGAAGUCGGCGGCGGCUUUCUGGUGCGGUGUUUUGCUGGGGAUUUCGGGUCUUUUACCCAAUUGCCGGCGAGAGCAGCUCCGUGGAGAUUUCGAAUUUUCUGCGGCAAAACUGGUCGGAAAUUGGGAUCGCCGGUGAGGUCGAACGCCAUGAGGAAGAAGCUCGACACGCGCUUCCCGGCUGCUCGGAUUAAAAAGAUUAUGCAAGCCGACGAGGAUGUAGGAAAGAUUGCCAUGGCUGUACCUCUUUUAGUGUCAAAAGCUCUGGAAUUAUUUCUACAAGAUCUAUGUGACCGGACGUAUGAGAUUACUCUUAAAAAGGGAGCAAAGACUCUAAAUUCUUUGCAUUUGAAGCAAUGUGUACAGAGCUAUAAUGUGUUUGAUUUCUUGAAGGACACGGUCAGUAAGGUACCUGAUUUGGGUGGUUCGGAUGCUGUUGCAGAGGAUAAAUCUGCCACCAAAAGAAGGAAGAUAUCCGAAGAUGAAGAUGGAAAUGAUGAUGAGCCCAAAAGAACUGUAACAACGCAUGAGACCACUGUUCACAUCAGCAGUAGUGGGAGAGGCAGAGGAGGCCGUGGCAGGGGUCGUGGCAGGGGUCGGGGACGGGGCAGACGAGCCCUGGAGAGAGAAUCUAAUGCUGAGCACGAAAAAUACGAAGAUUAUCCAGACAACUCUUUCCCGUGUGAUGAGAACCCGAAACAGGAUCCCAUAACAAGGCCCAACAGUAGUGGAAUAGAUGCGGAUAUCAAAUCGGUUAGAAAUUUUGACCUCAACAUCGAGUUCAACGAGAACGGGGAUUCCUCUCAGGCAGUGGCCGGUCGAGCCCCUUGCGAUUCGUCAUCGAAGCCUGGUCCUAAAGAGAAACACGAAGAUAUUCCUGGUUGGUCGAUGGACGACAUGGAAAGAAUGGCUGUGGACCCGAUUCAGCUGGCGAGUUUUAAUGGGGGGAUGGAUGACGAGUAUGAGGAUUAUGAUGAAGAAUAG